AUGCAAUCCAAUAAAGUUGAAAUCACGGACAAAAUCUUAGAUCCGAAGAUGAUUGAAGCUAUGGACAGAAAAGAAUUACAAGCGCAUUGUAAAAAAUUUGGUUAUAAGGCAAAUCUAAAAAAUGAAAAAUUAAAAGAAAUGUUGUUGCAUCGAACAAUGAGACAAAUUGGUAUUGGUAUUGAGGAGGGAGAUUAUAAUGCCUCUGAUAUUCUACAAAGGAGUUUUAAACGGUAUUGUGAACUGCAACAACAACAAAAAAUUGAACUUACCGAGGUUGCUGAAGAAUACCUGACCUUAGGCGAAACGGUUAAAGAAACAGAGCCUGCAGCAAAACUAUUAACAAUAGAUGCUAAAGAGUAUUUGUCAUUGGGUGAAAAGAUCAAAGAAAUCGAAACCGCUCUAACAUCAUUGCCAAACACAGGCGAAUCACCAUCAAAAUUGAUUGGGACUAAUGAUAAUGAUGCUGAAAACACCAAUACAGCUGAUAAUAAUGACGAAAAUGGAUAUAACAAUAACAAUAAGAUUUUUGACAAUAAUAUAGCAACAGCAAAUAUUGACACUUUCUCCUCAUCAAACAAUGAUUCUGAUGCUAUGUCGAGGCCAGUUACAAUGGUCGAUAUUGAAAAUAAAUUCACUGAAUUAUAUAACGUUGUUAUUCAAGAAGAUCUACACAAAUUAGCCCAAUUCAGCAAAAAGACUAACAAUAUUCAUCAAAAUAACAUCACCGCCACCGCCACCACCAAUACUUCCGCUAAUAACGUAAAUUCGGUUGAUCAUGUUGCUGCAAUAAGACCAACAAAACGAAAAAAAAACGAACCUAUUGAAUCCACUUCCACCUCAUCAAAAAAACAAAGAAUCACUAUUACUAGAACUACAACUAAAGCUGUUGGUAAAAAACCCGUGGCUAAAAGAAAAAUUGUUGUAAAAAAUGACGAACAAAAAAAAAAAGAAGAAUUCUUACAGAGAAGAGAAGCUUCUAGAAACGGUUAG